AUGGCCACUCAAACACCCUCUUCAUCUACUUCCGAACAUACUAAGAUAAGAAAAAGAGGCAAUUCAUCUUGUUCGGAAGAAGAUGAAAAAAUCAUAACCUCUUCCCCAACUUCUUCCUCGACUCCUCGAUGGAAAUAUGAAGUUUUCCUUAGUUUCUAUGGCAAAGACACUCGCAUGAGCUUUACGGAUCAUCUAUAUGUUGAUUUAAAACGGAAAGGUAUUCUCGUCUUUAGGGAUGAUGAAGCACUCAAGCGAGGAAAAUGCAUUUCUCAAGAGCUUUCGCAAGCAAUUCAAGAAUCUCAAUCUGCCAUAGUCAUUUUUUCAGCAAAGUAUGCUUCUUCCGAAUGGUGCCUUAGGGAACUUGCCGAGAUCGUUGAAUGGGAGGAAAAGAAUGAUCUCAUAAUUAUUCCUAUUUUCUACCAUGUGGAUCCUUCAGACGUAAGAAAUCAAAGAGGGACUUUUAAAGAAGCUUUCGCUGCACAUGAAAAAGAUCCCAAGGUAGACAUCAAAGAGAUUGAUACGUGGAGAAAUGCUUGCAUAAAAGUCGGUAAUCUUGCCGGAGAGCACAUAAAGGGGGACAGGUACGAAUCAACAAUUAUAAAAGAAAUCGGUAGACGUAUAGCUCAUGAGUUGAAUUCUAGAUUCUCACGUCAUGAUUACAAUAAACUUGUUGCAAUAGACUCCCAUGUAGACAGAAUGAUAGAGUUACUGGAUAUGGAAUCAGAUGAUGUUCGCUUUGUAGGAAUUCAUGGGAUGGGUGGCGUUGGUAAGACAAUGCUGGCUGAAAUAAUUUAUGAUAGAGUUUCUAAUUGUCGAUUUGAAGGAAGCAGCUUUAUUUCUUGCAUUAGAGAAGAAUCUAAAGCUCGUGGUCUAGCUUCUUUACAAAAACAACUUCUUUCUAUGAUCAUGGAAGAAAAAAUACAAAUAUGGGAUCAAAACCAUGGAGAUCGGAUGAGAAAGAAGAUCCUGCAUAAUAAAAAGGUUUUUAUCGUCCUUGAUGAUGUGGAUAGUGACGAGCAACUAACGGCAUUAGCAGGGGAUCGGAAAUGGUUUGGUCCAGGGAGUAGGGUGAUCAUAACAUGCAGAGAUAGUCAUCUAUUGAGAAGAUAUGAAAUGAAUCCUAUCUAUAAGGUUGAGCAGCUUGAAAUAGCAGAAGCUUUGCAACUCUUUAGUUUGUCAGCCUUCAAGGAAACCCAUCCAAUAGAGGAUUACAUGGAUCUAUCUAUGGAUUUUGUAAAUUAUGCUCAAGGCCUUCCUUUGGCUCUUAAAGUUUUGGGUUCCUUCCUAUAUGAGAGAGAAAUAGAUGCGUGGAAAAGUGAGAAAGAUAAACUAAAAGCAUUUCCGAAUCCAAAAAUUAUGGAUGUACUUCAAAUAAGUUUUAAUGGGCUGCAGAAAUCACAAAAAGACUUAUUUUUGGAUAUGGCGUGUUAUUUCCGAGGACAGCAUGGGGUGGAUUACAUAUUUGAUGAUGACAUGGCAGAAAGUUUUGGUCAUUAUCGCAUUGAUGUUGACGUUCUCAUUGAGAAGUCCCUCUUAAGCAAAUCAGAAUAUGGAUUGUUGUCCAUGCAUGAUUUGCUAAAAGAAAUGGGCCAGGAAAUAGUUCAGCGUGAAUGCCCUCAAGAACCAGGAAAACGUAGUAGAAUCUUUUGCUUGGAGGAUCUAUAUCAAGUAUUGAAGAAUGAUGCUGGAACUGAUGCAAUUAAAGGCAUAGCCGUGUAUUCUUGUCCUGAAAUGAAACAGAGACUCAAUGCCAAAGCAUUGUCAAAAAUGACAAAAUUGAGAUUUUUUAAAUUCCAUCAUUCUCAAUCUAUAAAAUGGCAUGGAAAACCUUUAAACUACAUGCAAACCAAUGAGUUGCGAUUCAUAGAGUGGUUUGGAUAUCAUUUGAAAUCUUGGCCGAACAGUUUCAAACCAAAAAAUCUUACUGUACUAAGGAUGUAUUUCAGCCAGAUCAAACAAUUAUGGAAGGGGUCGAUGGAUUUAGACAAUUUGAAGGAAUUAGAUAGGGUGAUUAUGAGAAUUUGA